AUGUUUCCGCGAAUUUUACAUCAGAGAAAAAUUUGCUUCCGUCUUUCAAGAAGUUACUUCCGGCUUCUCUAUUACUUAUAUUUUUUUCAUAUUUUAAAAUAUAAUUUUUGUCUUACUCUCUCUUCCAUCGUUUAUCUUGUGUCUCGAUUUUCGCAUUCUUUCUUUUCUUUCUUUAUUUCUGUUGAAAAUUCGUAUAUUCUUACCUCUUCUUUCUUUCUUUCUUUCUUUCUUUUUUUCUUUCCUUCUUUCUUUCUUUCUUUCCUUCUUUCUUUCUUUAUUUCUUUCUUUCGUUCUUUCUUUCUUUCUUUCUUUCUUUCUUUCUUCAGUCUAUACAGUUUCUCUUGCUUCUCUUUCUCAUAUUUUUAUCGUUCUUUAUUUCUGUUGAAAAUGCAUGUUUUUUUUAUAUCUCCUUUUUUUGUCUUUAUUUCUUCCUCUCUUCCUUUCUUUCUUCCUUUCUUUCUUUCUAUUUCCAAUCUGUACGUCUUCUAUUUCUUAUCUAUUUCUCACAUUAAAAAAAAAAAAAAAAACAUUUCUUUCUCUCUACUUUCGUUUAAUUUCUCUCUCGCUUCUAUUCGUUUCAUUUUUAAAAAUCUUUCUUUAUGUCUGUGGAAAAUACUUAUAUUAUCUCUCUUUCCUUUCUUUCUUUUUUUCUUUCUUACAAUACAAGAUUCGCAUUUUCUUAUAACUCAAAUGUGA